GGAUGUGCCGCUCCGUCAUUUCAACUUUGUCCCUUGGAACGGGCUCAGCUAGUUCUCCUGCACAGCGCAGCCACGGGGGAGUGUAUUGAUCUGAUUGUGUGUUGUGCUUUCACUCCUGCUGGAUGGUUUCGUUGAAGUUUCAUCAGCUGCUUUAAUCUCAGAAUAAUGACUCUGACAGCAGACUGGGGCUGCGAAGAGAUGGAGAUGUUCAACCGUCUGCUUAGGAACACAGACGAAUCGUCCUGCUGCCUCAGCGACCAUUCAUGGACUUUCAUGAUUAGUAAUGCUUCCAGCCCUCAGAGAAACGGUGCUGAUGAUUUCCUAGAGGCUCUGCUGCAUGACUCCUCCUCCUCUGUGCCAGCCUCCCCCCUGUGGUCACCCUGCACCCCCUGCCAUGUCGUCCACGAAGACUCCCGAACAGACCCCGCCGAGAGCCCCCAUUCGUUCUCCUGCACAGCUUCCCCUGCCUGUGACACACACACGUCCCCUCAGCCUCCAUCACUAAAGAACCAGCCAGAUGUUUUCGUUGAUCUAGACUGGGAGUCAGAUGGCUUCCAUGAGGAGUUUGGACUCGUAUACUGCCAGAACCCUUUGCUUCCAUCCGGUCACUCGCUCACAGUGAAGGACCUGCUUCUAUCCGACGUGGGUCAGGCGCAAAUCUCCCAGCAUUCCUUGCAAGAACUUGUUCUUAAUGAGGAUGAGAAGAAGCUUCUGGCUAAAGAAGGUGUAGACUUGCCCUGCAAACUGCCCCUGUCCAAGUCUGAGGAGAGGAUUUUGAAAAAGAUCCGGCGGAAGAUACGCAACAAGCACUCGGCUCAAGAAAGUCGGAAGAAGAAGAGGGAAUAUGUUGACAAUCUGGAAGGAAGGAUGGCUGCAUGCAGCACCCAAAACCUUCAGCUGCAGAGAAAAGUCCUGCAGUUAGAGGAGACCAACAACGCUCUGCUGGAGCAGCUCAACCAGCUACAGGCCCUCUUGCCUAAUAGCUCCAGCAAAACAACAAACAGAGGAACCUGCAUCCUGGUUCUGCUAUUCUCCUUCUCUCUGCUGAUUUCUUCAAAUCUUCAGCCAGACCCUUACAGCCAGCGCAGCCAUGCAGAAUACUCAGAUUCCAAAGGUCUGUUCACACACACCUUGUGGUCACGCAAGCCAGCACACACACACACACACACACACAUACACACACCUUCAACUCCAGCAUGUCUCUCUCAAUCAGCAUCGUCUCGCUCCAUGCAUUCGAUGGAUGAAGUGGGAGAUAUCCCUCCUUCUCCACCUCCUUCUCUCCUGCCCGUCCCCAGGGGAUCCGAAGACCUGCGGAGCCUGAAGGAGACGCUUUGGGGCUGGAUGGACCUCCCCUGCUUUCACCACCGUCAGGAUCACAGACCGGAGGAUGAUUACCACUGGUACAUGAGUAGAAACAUGUAGCUCAGGAUUGUUGACAUGUUUGUAAACGCAUCAUGAGAUCCAGCACUUUAUUUGCUUUCAAGCAUCAGCUUUUUUUUUUUUACUCUGUGGCACUUCAGCUCACAAACAUCCAUCCCAAAGACGUGUGCAAGCAAAAGUAUGACAAGCCUCAAAAUCCUCCUUUUUUAUUUUUCCAUCAAUGUAAAGGAUUAUUACACAUCACAAUCAUACAUCAUACAUUUUGCAUUUUCACUGCUUUGUUUUGUUAUUGACUUCAAAUGUAUUUAGUUGAAUAUGACACUGUUUUAUAUUAGAAAAUGAAAUAAAGACAUUUUCUUUUCCAAAAA